GAUACUGUGGAGACUCUUUCAGAACAAAGAGAGAGCCACUUCACAAGAAAGCAAAUUGGAUAUUUUGGCUGGAUCUUGGACUUCCUUGGUGAUCCAGGUGAAGAAGAAACCAUGGAGUCCUUCCCCGAACAGGGCUGUGAUGGCAUUGAACUGCUCGACUGGCUGUUUAAUCAAAACGAUGGAAUUCUCCGCCAUGAAGAAACAGGACGCCAUGGCAACCAUCACACCUGGCCAAUCCAGGAGCAAAAUAUGCUGCAACCGGCUGAACAGACAGACGAUGACUUCCUGAACGCUCUCUUGAGCGGAAGCGAGUCAGUUUCAGACUCCCCUCUCUGGUCGCCUUCUCCAAGUGACAGUGGGAUUAGCGAAGACCCCCCAUCGGACCACAUGGACAGCCCUCAACGCCCUGAGAGCCCCCCUGAGGAAGUGCAGUAUUUCAGUAUGAGGCCACAAACCAAGGCAGACCUGCAGGCCGACGUCUCUGUUGACCUCAAUGGUUGGGGGCUCACCUUCCCAUCGGGCAGAACAAGAAUCACACAGUAUCCCUCUGAUGUACAAAGACCGCAGCUGUCCUCUGGGUUCCCUCUCACUGUCAAGGAUCUGCUUUUGUCUGGCACACCAGAGCCUACCCCGCAGCAGUCCACUCAGGAGCUGGUUCUCAAUGAAGAUGAGAAGAAGCUGUUAGCAAAAGAAGGGGUGACCCUUCCCAGCCAGCUACCUCUAACAAAGUAUGAAGAAAGGAUUCUAAAGAAAAUCCGCAGGAAGAUCCGCAAUAAGCAGUCUGCCCAGGAGAGCAGGAAGAAGAAGAAGGAGUAUAUUGAUGGGCUGGAAAGCAGGAUGGCAGCCUGUAAUGCACACAACCAGGAGCUGCAGAGGAAAGUGUCCCAGUUGGAGAAAUGCAACAUGUCACUAAUGGAGCAGUUGCGCAGGCUGCAGGCUCUGGUCAUGAAUACAUCUAACAAGCCAGCCCAGACUGGAACAUGUGUACUGGUGCUCCUGCUGUCCUUCUCGCUAAUCCUGUUCCCAAGCCUCAAGCCCUUCUCUGACACAAAGGUCAGCCAGGGAGACUUUAGUCCAGUCAGAAUUCAGUCACGGUCCCUGCAGAACCUUCAGGCCUCCCGUGUGCUGCAUGUCAUUGAACCCCCCGUCUCUGUCGAGGAGGAAUCAGAACCAGUCCAUCAGUAUUUCCCAGGAGACAAGGGAUUAGAUGAUAUUACUUCACUGAUGGGAAAGAUGGGAGUGAAUCAUGACCGGUCUAAAUUGGAGCCACUACCUCUGAACAGCAGUCAGGAAGAAAGGAUGAGUCAUUUCCAUGUGGACCCAAUCACUGGUCACAUUGCUACUGUGACCUUGGAUCCCCAGCGCUCUGCCAGGCUGCGACCACAUGCUGAUGAUAUGUAGCAGAAAUCCAGAAUUUCUCCCCGCAUGACUUCUUUAAAGCUUUCUUUUCUCACAUGGCUUCUCCAGAGAUUUUUCUAAAUCUGCUGUUUACACGGACAGGGAAAUUAGCUUUAAAUCAUUCCUGUAUUGAAUUUAAUAUAUAUUUAGUCUUAUUUGUAAUACUGUUUUGUAUCCAAAUAUGGAUUUGCUCCAGGUGUACUGUGUGUCUGUUGCUCUUUUCUUUGAUAACAUGUGAAAACAAUUAUGUUUUAAACACUCAAAUAGAACAAUAGAGCUGUGAUAAGUUUCAGUUUGUAAGAAUUGUUUGUAAAAUGUUGAUGGAUUUUGAAAUCAUUUUUCAUUAAAUGAUUAACCUGAUGUUUUUUAGAUUUGUCAAUGGAAUAAACUGUCUCAAAUAAAAGUUAUA